AUCGAGAGAGCCCAUCCCAAUUCUGUAAAUUAAGACCAAGAAAUAAGCGUGGCAGUUGGGUGGAGUUAUCGGAAGGGGGCAAGCAACUUCGUUGACAGUGAGCAAGCGGACGCGACGAGGACUGAGGAGGAGGGGAGGGAGAUGAGGGCCGUGGUGAUCGCGCGCCCCGGCGGGCCGGAGGUACUGGAGGCGCGGGAGGUGGAGGAUCCCCCCGCGCCAGGCGAAGGAGAGGUGCUCCUCGAGGUCGCCGCCGCGGGCGUCAAUCGCGCGGACACGGUCCAGCGGAUGGGCCGGUACCCGCCGCCUGCCGGCGCGUCCCCUUACCCGGGGCUCGAGUGUUCCGGCACCAUCCUCGCGCUCGGCCCCAACGUCCCCUCGCGGUGGGCCGUCGGAGACAAGGUCUGCGCGCUGCUUAGCGGCGGCGGGUACGCGGAGAAGGUGUUGGUGCCAGCGGGGCAGCUGCUGCCGAUACCGGAGGGAGUGUCUCUGACGGACGCAGCCGGAUUGCCUGAGGUGGCCUGCACCGUCUGGUCAACCGUGUUCAUGAUCAGUCACCUCUCCCCCGGCGAAUCAUUCCUUAUCCACGGAGGAUCAAGUGGAAUCGGUACUUUUGCUAUACAGAUUGCAAAGCACCUCGGAAUUAAGGUUUUUGUCACUGCAGGAAGCGAAGAAAAACUAGCAGCCUGCAAAGGUUUGGGUGCCGAUGUAUGCAUAAACUACAAAACAGAAGACUUUGUUGACCGUGUCAAACAGGAAACCAAUGGAAAGGGUGUUGAUGUCAUUCUGGACAAUAUUGGAGGAUCAUAUCUCCAGCGCAAUCUGAACAGCUUAGGCGUUGAUGGUAGACUCUUCAUCAUUGGCUUCCAAGGAGGCACUGUAGCUGAAGUAAACCUGCAAGCCGUUCUUGCACGGCGCUUGACUGUACAAGCUGCUGGACUUCGCAGCAGAAGCCCUGCCAAUAAAGCACAGAUCGUCAGUGAGGUGGAAAAGAAUGUGUGGCCCGCUGUCGCGGCUGGCAAGGUGAAGCCGGUGAUUUACAAGACGUUCCCGUUAUCUGAAGCGGCUGAGGCUCACAGAUUGAUGGAAGCUAGCACCCACAUCGGCAAGAUACUUCUGCUUCCAGGACUACAUAUGUAGUGUUUGUGCGCUCACUUUCGGGCGAGGGAGUUUUGGGACAUCUGCAACUUCUGUGACGACCUCCUUGUAUCAUGUACUGAGUGGCAUGGCUUCUUAUCUUGUAAAUUGGAUCCUUUCGUACGAGCAAUUAUCUUGUCAAUUGGGUCUGUGAAGUGUUGAUGAUAUUGUUCAGUAAACUUUGAUGACAGUUUGCACAGCCACUCAUAAAGUCGCUGCUAAUCAUUUCAAAUGAAAAGUGCUGCUCACCGUCAGUAGCAAACAAACCAUA